CUGACCAGGGCUGCGCAAUCUAGCAAGCUGGUUGUUGGCGGUGGCUCUCGCAGAAGCUAUGCGGACGCCGUCGUGUCUCCAGCUUCAACAACAGCAGCACCAGCACCAGCACCAGCAGCACCUCCACCGCCGCCUCCUCCUCCUCCUCCGGCACCCAAGCGCAAGAGGUUUAGAUUCUUCAGAUGGACGUACCGGUUGAUAGUGCUCUCUGUCUUGGGAACGACUGGGUGGACGGCCUACAAUGUAUAUCGACACCGGAAUCCAGCGGAGCAGGUUUCACCAGAUCCAGACAAGAAGACUCUUGUCAUUCUAGGAACCGGAUGGGGCUCUGUGUCUCUCCUGAAGAAGCUGGACACUGAAAACUACAAUGUCGUUGUCAUCUCGCCGCGCAACUUCUUCUUGUUUACUCCCCUUUUGCCAUCAUGUACCACCGGAUUGAUAGAGCACCGUUCAAUUAUGGAGCCUGUCAGGAACAUUCUCCGCCAUAAGAAAGCUACCGUCAAAUACUACGAAGCUAAGGCGACCAAGAUCGACUACGAGAACCGAGUCGUGCAUAUCAGUGACGAGUCAGAGAUCAAGGGCGAUACCUCCAGUACACAGGUCCCAUUCGACCUUCUGGUUGUAGGAGUUGGAGCCCAGAAUGCCACUUUUGGUAUUCCCGGUGUUCAGGAGCAUUCCUGCUUCUUGAAAGAAGUUGGUGAUGCCCAGAAGAUUAGAACCCGCAUUAUGGACUGUGUUGAGACUGCCAUAUUCAAAGAUCAGACUCAGGACGAGAUCAAGCGGCUCCUCCACAUGGUCGUCGUGGGUGGUGGUCCAACCGGAGUAGAGUUUGCUGGCGAAUUGCAAGAUUUCUUCAACGAGGAUCUAAAGAAAUGGAUUCCGGACAUCAAGGACAACUUCCAGGUCACCCUGGUUGAAGCUCUUCCAAAUGUCCUCCCUACGUUCUCAAAACAGCUGAUUGAUUACACCGAGUCCACCUUCAAGGAAGAGGCCAUCAAAAUCCGGACUGGUACCAUGGUUAAGAACGUUACCGACAAGUACAUCGAGGCCCAGGUCACUAAACCAGACGGCUCCAAGGAGAUUGAAAAGAUUCCCUAUGGCCUGCUGGUCUGGGCCACUGGUAAUGCUGUACGGGAUGUAGUCCGUGACCUCAUGAACCAGAUACCAGCUCAGAAAAAGUCUCGACGUGGUCUGGCAGUCAACGAAUACCUCGUUGUGAACGGCACCGAAAACAUCUGGGCCGUCGGUGACUGCGCAAUCACCAACUAUGCCCCAACCGCCCAAGUAGCCAGCCAGGAAGGAGCUUUCUUGGCCAGGCUAUUCAACACCAUGGCUAAGACAGAUCAGAUAGAAAAGGAGCUCAGCCAUCUGUCUGUCGCCCAAUCAGAGGCCAAGGACGACUCAGACCGUAACAAAAUUUUAGACGAGAUCAGAGCCCUCCAGCAGCAAAUGAGACGAAUAAAGCAGGUUGGGCCUUUCCAGUAUUCUCACCAAGGAAGUCUGGCCUAUAUCGGCAAGGAGCGUGCUGUAGCCGACAUCAGCUGGUUGAGCGGAAACAUUGCCAGCGGUGGUACCCUGACGUAUCUCUUCUGGCGAAGUGCCUACCUAAGCAUGUGCUUUAGCACACGAAACCGUGUCCUUGUCGUCGUCGACUGGCUCAAAGCCAAACUCUUCGGCCGUGACGUCUCCAGAGAAUAA